AUGGACGAGGGCAGUAUAAAACUGCUUCAGCAGAGGCUGGCCGAACGAAUCCGCGAUCAUAAAUCAACGCGCGAAGCAGCCUUAGAGAGCAAAUUUCGUAAGCUGCCUGCUCCAAUGGCAUCCAAGAACGACAAACUGGUGCACAACUUGUCGUCAAAGGAGCUGACGGAGGAACAAAUGCAGGUUUUACGGCAUUCGGCCUCAUUCCACACAGCCGAUGCCAAACUUGCCAACAUGAUCGCAGCAGUGGAAUCUAUCCUCAGCCAGACGGGAGCGACAGACGAAACGAAGAACCUCAUUCGACACAAUGUGUCCUCUCUCGUCACGGCUCACAGGCCGCGAGAAUGCUUUCCGAGGUCGAGCGCGAUGAUCUUAAUGAACUCAGGGCCGACAACGACCUCGUUAUCGUGCCUGCGGACAAGGGGUGUAAACGGUCGUGUUGGACAGGACAGACUACAAUCACAAAGCCAAAAGCUUGUUGGAGGAUCGUCACUCCUAUGUCCCAUGCGAAUCCAACCCCAUUAAAAACGCUGACACGAGAGAUUAACGCGAAGCUGUUGGCAAUGGAGAACUCAGGUGCAAUAUCACCAGAGACCAAAUCCAACCGGUCCUAAAUGUUGGCGGGCUCUUCCGUACGUGAAGAACGUCUCGGAAGCCGUCAGUCGUCUUCUCACUCUACUUGAAUUUGGGGUUGCAUACAGGCCGGAAGCAACCAUUAGGCGCCAGGUCAUGAAGGUGAAAGACCCGCUGCCACGGCAGGAAACGUCUGGGGUCGUUUACCGGAUCUGGUGUAGUUGCGGACAAAGCAACUAUGUCGGAGAAACUGAGAGAUUUCUCCGUACGCGAAUUGCCGAGCACGCAGCAGCAGUGAGGCGGAAAGACAAUAGCUCUCAGGUGGCGGCAAACUCGACGGGACCCGGCCAUAUUUUCAUAUUUCAAGAGACUGAGAUCCUUGUAAGUGGUGACACCCGCGUGAGCCGCGAGCUGCUCGAGUCAUGUUUCUCAGUCCCGCAAUCCUUCAACUAGCACAAUGAGCUCCCGAUACCAUGUUCCGUGAUACGAUUUUCCCUGGGCAAGGGAAUGUGGGGAGGGCGCGGGCGAGCAAUUAUCCCAGUGACAGUGAGCCGAUUUGCCGAGCAAUCGUCACACCAGAAUCCAGCACGGAUGACGAAAUCACGGCCACUUACGACUAGGAAUCGGACUGACAAGCCACCGCCGCAUCAAUUACGACCCCGGCGGUGAUUGCGAGAACUGUUAAUUACAAUGCGCAUACGGUCCCAGGGCAGCCACUUUCUAUAAAUACUGCACUCCUUCUGCCGCCAUCACCUUUAUCUGCGAAUGUCUCUGGUGAUGGAUUCGAGUGAGAAUCCGAAACGGCAGGCCAAUAAAUUUCUCGUUCAAGUGCUUGCAUCUUCGUCUUUCGAACUGCUUCCUGGAACUUGCCUAUUCGUUCUAUCGGCAAAAAUUUAUUUCUAUUCACUGUUAAAACUAUGCCAUGCAGGGUUUAUAAAACUUUGUAAUGGUCGUGGGCCAUUUUGUUCAUUUUGAAUGCAUCAAAAAUAAACGUCCUAAUGCGAUGCGCAUGGCUGGAUAUUCCAUGGUCUACAAAAACUUUAAAAUAAAAACAUCCUUAAGACCGGAUGAUACUCUUCUUUCAUACGUAACAUUUCAAGAUGGCAUGGUUUACUCCCAAAUGUGCACAUAAAACAACAAUAAUGGGCGUUUCUUCCUUAAUUUUUAUUCGAAUUUGUUAGAGCCUUAAAAAUUCAUGCGCAAAUUUAUACUUAUUAGAUCGUUAUUUUGACUGGCGGUAGGCGAUGCGAACAGCCAGAAAGAAGAUCGUUCAAAAGCUGGCAUCCUGACAUGACGGAAAUAACUUUGGGAUUAAGCUGCACGAAAGUUAAUGUCAUAAUCAUACUUAAGUAGACCUUUCAAAAUCGACACACAUUUCAAUAUUCCGCCUAAAAUUUUAUGAGACAUAUGCAUAUGAAUAUAUUCACACACGCAAAUGAAAUUGCGAGGAUUUUUAAAGAUUAUUUCAGUUCUUUCUAUUUUUAGUGGGAUUGAGCGAAGUGGUCCAAACGAACACCGAACUGAUUCUCCUCGUUCCAGACCAAUAUCAGUCAUUCGAGUCAGAUGAAAAACCGACGAUUUUCCGUCCAGUGGCAGUAUGUUAAUGAAGUUUUGCAUAAUACACCGUGCUCAAUAUUUGCUUGACCGAUCAUGGCACCUAGAAAUUUCCAACUUUUGUAAAAAACAUCCCAGAAAUGGGUUUUUGUUGAGCUGAACAUUAUUUCGAGUUAUUUUAUUUCCUACGUAAGUUCCAAAUUUUGGAUGGCUGUAAAAGUCAUUCUACCGAUGAGCUAUCACACCCACUGUUCUAAUGACCUCACAACAUCGUCUUUGCAAUAAGCACCUAGAACCAGCCUGUUUGCCUCCAAUUACAAGGCUAUCCUAGUUUCAGUUAUUAUUAUUUGAUGGAAAACGCCGUAGAUUCCAUCUGCGUGUAUGAAAAUGCUUCCCAUGUAAAGAGGCUUCAAAUAGACGAGAAAUGGUGAUUAUAACAGUCGCGAAAACUAGGGUUUAAAGCCCGAUGUGAAUGAGAGGGAUACUUUCAAAAAAUCGCAAGUCCACAUUUUAUAAUAAACUUUUGGAUUGUGAUUCAGUGCAAUGGAGUAGUACCACAUGCAAAAAGUUUCAAAUAUUUCAUAAGUAACCGCUAAAAUGCCCUUCCUUAGACAAAGUGUUCAUUUAUUCGUAUUAAAAAGGACUAUUCUUGUGUCAAAACGGAUAGAGAAUCAGUCGAGUUAGGAAUAUUUUGAUACGAAAAUGACUCGCCCCUAACAUGUUUACAAUCCCGGGACGUAUAUUCAAGGCGGGCAAAUGUAACGAAUGUGCUAAUAAAAAUAUUAGAGGCAGUUAUUUCGUCAACGGCGGUGAACUGAUAAAUAUUUAUCAUGCAAGUGCAUAACGGACGACCGAAAGUCUUAAAAUUAAUAUGAUUUCUCGUUCGAAGUGGAUAAGAAAUAUGGGCUCUCAUCGUUGAAAUACGCCUGUAUAGCUCAUUUCCAAAACUGGCUUUUAGCUCAUUGUGCAACUGAAGGCUUUCAGGGAUAGCCUUAAUAAAAAGGCUGUCAGAAUCACAAAACUAAAUAACUUAUCAUUUUGGGUAAUCGAGUUAGCACGUCGAAAGCUGCAAAAUGUUCGCUAACCCCAAAAAGGUCUCUGGAAACUCAACGAAGCCCUUUCGUAGUGAAUAAGCACGCAAAAAUUUCAUGGAAGAAAGAUUUUUUCGUGCACAAUACAUGAAGCGUGUGGUCUUGUCGGUUAAUUAAAUCAAAAUUCUCAUUCACCAGUUAGCUGCUCAUGGAGUGUUCAUGUGACGACUUCUCCUGAUGUGACGUAUGUGCAAACGACAGCAAAAAAACGCACCCUGCGAUUAAAAACCUCGUUUGGAGUAGCGCUGAGCAAAAUUCUUUCCGCGAGCGUUUCUAACCGUUUUCAAAUACAUAUCCAGGGAUUAAGCAUUUGAAUACUGCACCAAUUGUUCGGAGAAUGCCAAUUUAGAGGAAUUCCUUCAACUAUCAUCUUAAACCCUACUGUGCUUAUGCUGCUUUGUACUUUUAAUUAUUUGUGGGAGAUGUGCAAUGUACCAGCACAAGUUCAGUGUACCCAUCUGGCGUCAGUAAUAAGGCUUUUAGGCUUUCUGAUUUUCCGCGUCUUCUUUUCUUGUUUUUAAUGAUUGUGGUAUUUAUAUUAACGCCUGCUGAGUGUUACAAUCUGCGCGAAGAUCCUGCAUUUUUAAUCUUUUUUCUUGGCUAAAGCAGUUAGACUUAUUUUUGAGAUUCUGAUGAUUUGUUUUGCGAAAUUCGACAAUUUAAGGGAUUGGCUUAGAAUCUAAAUUUCAGGAUGUGCUCCAAAUGGUGUCUUUUCUUCUGCAAAUAUAUAUAUUGGAUUUGACGUGGAUACUGUCAACUUGUACGUUGAUAAUCUACUGCAUCUGUGUCCCUACAAGCAUACUUUUAAACGAUUUUGUCGAGAAUUGUUAUAUAUCGAGGGAUGUGCACCACAGAAUGAAGACGGGUGGCACAAUAAUUUCUUUAUCCGACUAACCUGCGUAUACGGGUCAGUAAAUUCGAUAAAACGUUUAUACAACAUUUAGUGUCAUAGCUUGCUUUUCGUAGAUUGACUGUUCUUUGUGUGAGAACACCUCGGAAGAGGAAUCUCGAAUGUUCCGCCGGCCAUUCAUUGGACCGCAGGCGUGAGCGAUGGUCUCAUGUCUGCCGGAUGCUGUAGUGUACGCUGAUUGGCUAUCAAACUGACGGCGUGCUUUCACAAUCUGCCCGACCUACGGACAGUGUUCAGACAACUACUCCUUUUGCCCAAGGCCGUGACGCAUUCUCCAUUUUAUUCAAGGUCAUGAAAUGUUUCUUUGUCCGUAGCGCUCGUCUGACGGCAAGUGACGUUGAAUGUAUGUCCACCUUGGCAGUCGGCAACUUAAAGGUAUCACAUAGUAAGAGUGCUGGAGAGCAGUCUAAGGUUAAGAUUUGCUAGGUUGGCUUGCGGGCCUUUUGGUGGUUUCACUCAUAAUUUCCGUCCCAAACACCACCCCUCUGGGCUUCCUGUAUAUACUAUUAACUCACGGCCCCUCGCAAGGUUUCUAAUUACUGAAAAAUUAGUGCCAUAGCGUUUGGUUAACUCAGACAGGUAACGAUGUAGUGUAGGACCCCCAAGUAGAUGCUAACUCCAAAAAUUGGUGUGACUGUAGUCACCACAUAUUAUUCACCGUUCCCAUUGUUUGGAAUUUCCUUUCCUUCCUGAUUAAGUAUAAACUUACCAGCGACACAUUCUUCAAAGUCCAUUAUUUUUCCAAAAUUACUUUUUGUUUACUUAAUAAUAAUCGAGUACACUAUCUUUGCAGAUGACAGCGCUAAAUAAGAAUUUCGGCACAAAUAUUUAUUUUCUGUGUCUUCUUAUCCCCCCUCCUUCUGUGUACUUCCCCAUUCGUAAAGGCGACUCUACCAGCACUCAACCUAUGACACGGUUCACAGGCUAGCUCAGGUUAGUCUCGGGCCUUACACUCUACCAUUGCCACUUAACUUUUACAAUGGGAACCUUCUUAGUAGUCAGACUGAUAAGAAACAUAUGUAACACACCAACCGUUUUGCCAACUGGUUUGCAAAAUUUACAAUCACGGGCCUCGCUCAGACGAAUGAACGAUCUGUUGCAUAACUUACAAUUAUAAUUAUAGGAGAUUAUUAAAUUAGACUUCAUAGGGAAAUGUUUAUAGUGGAAGCCUUACAAAUCCAAAACCUAUAAAUUAUGAUGAACGUCACUUUAUCGUAAAAAAUUACAUCCGCAAACCACACAGGCUAUGGCAAUGGAUUAUAAUGCGAAUAUGUGUUGAGAAAAAUAUUUAUUACAUAUACUUCCCACAGCCUCUCAUUGGUUUUACACUCCUGUGAUAUAUUGACGCUAACGUACUCACAACUGAAAGAAGUCCUUUCUCUGUGCAGUGAUUUACGCAAGUCGUUCUAAACGCGUUGACAAAUGAUUCGCCUUUCUUAACGAGUUGCUCAGCCACCUGAUUUAAAAGUAGUUUUCUGUUGAAAAAGUUUCAGAAGAUUGAAUGUCAAGUUCCAGUUUACUUCAAAACUAAUUAUGGAUAACGUGUCCAAGCUCUGCGGUUAAGAAGGGGACGUAAGACAACUUAGUCGGCUCACACUCGCGUGACUUUUCCAAUUCUUCAUUGAAGGUACCGCAACAUGCCUUGCGGUUAAGAAGGGGACGUAAGACAACUUAGUCGGCUCACACUCGCGAGACUUUUCCAAUUCUUCAUUGAAGGUACCGCAACAUGCCUUCUUAAGAAGUAAAUCCAAUGAACAUGCUAAUCUGUUCUUCGAAUUCGUUGCACUUUUGAUUUAGGAAAAGACGUUUCCACCGUAUUAUCAAAUAUUAAUUCAACUUGCUCGUCUGUAGGGCAUCAUUGUGGACACGGCCAGUUGA